CAGCUAUUAAGUGUCUGAGGUCACAUUUGAACUCAAGAAGACUCCUGACUCCAGGCCCAGCACUAUGUGCACUAUGGCACUACCUGGAGACAUAAUCUGAAAGCAUGAAAACGUCAUUCAAGAAAAACACUGGAUCACUUUUGCUUUCCAUAUCCACAUAGAAGAAAAGAAAAGUUUCAAUGACUUUCACAGUUUCAAUGACUUCAACUUCCACUCACUCCCUGCCUUGUUCUUCCUAUGACAACAUCUUCAUGAAUAACCAAAGUAGCCAAUGCCAAAAUGACUCAUCAGGGACACCAAAUGCUACCAUCUGCCCUAUGAAUGAACAAUUAUUGUCUGUUGUUUUAACAAUUUUCUACUCUGUAAUUUUUAUUGUGGGACUCGUUGGAAACAUUAUAGCUCUUUAUAUAUUUUUGGGAAUCCAUCAUAAAAGAAAUUCUAUUCAGAUUUACCUGCUUAAUGUAGCCAUUGCAGAUCUCCUACUCAUCUUUUGCCUCCCCUUCCGAAUACUGUACCAUGUUAACAAAAACAUUUGGACAUUGGGUGUAAUUCUCUGCAGGACAGUGGGAACACUAUUCUACAUGAAUAUGUAUAUCAGCAUUAUUCUUUUGGGUUUGAUCAGUUUGGAUCGCUAUAUAAAAAUUAAUCGGUCUAUCCACCAACAAAAAGCAUUAACAACUAAGCAAAGCAUUUACAUCUGUUGUACAGUGUGGGCAGUAGCUAUAAUUGGAUUUUUAACUAUGAUCAUUUCAACACUUAAGAAAGGAGGACAUAAUUCUACAAUGUGCUUCCAUUAUAGAGAUAAGCAUAAUGCAAAGGGGGAAGCAAUUUUUAACUACAUCCUAGUGAUUGUGUUUUGGUUAAUUUUUCUUCUACUAAUCCUUUCCUAUAUUAAGAUUGCCAGUUAUCUUCUGAAGAUUUCCAAAAGGAGAGUCAAUUUCCCUAAUUCUGGAAAAUACCAUACCACAGCACGGAAUUCCUUUAUUGUGCUUAUUAUUUUCACUAUAUGUUUUGUUCCUUAUCAUGCUUUUAGAUUCAUUUAUAUCACAUCACAGCUAAAGACAACACCAUGUUACUGGAAGGAGAUUUUCCACAAUAUCAAUGAGAUCAUGCUUGUACUCUCAUCUUUUAACAGCUGCUUCGAUCCAGUUAUGUAUUUUCUGAUGUCCAGCAACAUCCGCAAAAUUAUAUAUCAACUUCUUUCAAGAAGAUUUCAAGGGGAAUCAAGUAGAAGUGAAAGUACUUCAGAAUUCAGAGCAGGUCAUUCUCCUCAUGAUACUUCUGUUAGUGUUAAAUUCAAUCAACAUUUACGAGUACUCUGAGAUGAAUGUUACAAAGAAUUAUGAAUAGUUACGUUUUACCAAAACCAUUUACUAACAAUGAUAAGUAUUGGAGAACUAUCAAAUUCAGUACUGAUAACGUUUCUAGCAUUACCUAAAAACCCCCAAAAACCCAAAGCAGUAUUUACUGAUUUUUUCUUUUUGUAAAUAUAGCAUGUUAUGUUUUAUUUGCUUGACUUAUCAAAUAAUAUGUUGAAGAGGAAGAAAAGGUCAUAGUCAUUGCUAUAUGGUUUUAAGUCUAUGAUAUUCCAGUCUAAGAUCUUUUAAAAAGUGUUAAUCUAAAGUACUGUUAUAUUUGUAAAAAUGGACUGCAAAAGUAUUUAUUGAAAUUUAUGACCUUAAUAACAAGUUGAAGAAAAUUUUAGUUUCCCAAAUUAGUAAACUAUGCUGGUAUGUUUCCAACUCUUUAAAUAGUGCAUAACAAAUGGAGGGGAUAAAUGUCUUAGAUUACUUUAAGAUGACAGUAAUAUGUUGUUAUUCAAAAAUUUGCCAUGUUAUUUGUCAAAUUCAUACAUUAAUACCUUUUUUUAAAAAAGUAAAACAUGAAAAUUUCCAGUUUCUAUAAACAUAAACCAAAUGGUUAAGGUGGAUGACUUGAUACUUAGCAAACUAAAUAUUUUUUAAAAACCACACAGACACACACACAAACCAAUGAUACCAUUUAUUCCUCAACUACAUGGCGAAAUAAAACUAUUUAAGGAAGAAAUACAUUCCAAAGUUCUUCAUCCACAUCUUCUAACAAUAUGCAAACACUUCACAAAAGCAAGCCCUAUGAUAUAACUGAAAGUAUUAGAAACUGAAACAUUUAAAAAGCAAAUGGAUUUGGACACAAAAUAAUUAGGUUUCUAAAUCAAAUAAACUUGUUCACAAUUCUCUGGGAGAGAGAUUACAGGAAUGAAUGAUAUCACUUCUAUAACUACACCUUAACGAUGAGAAAAGCAAAGGAACUCAUAUGCUCAGUGAUUAGGGAACAGCUGAAUAAACUGUAGUACAUAAAUGUGGACUAUCACUGUACCGUAAGAUGUAACAAAUAUGAAGAAAACAAAAUGUAACAUUUAUAUGAAGUGAUGAAUGAAUCGAAGAAUCUCAAUGAUAUACAUACUGACUAUGACUAAAUAAAAAGAACUGAGACAGAAUUCAAAGAUACAAAGAAGAAAAGGGAUAUCAGAAGGGGACAUGGGAGCAAAAAGGAUGUUUCUGUUAUCAUUCUGCUAAAGUUAACAUAUACUUAAAAAUAAAUUGCAAAUAAUUUGGAGCUUAUGAUUUUAGGUACAUUUUAUUUUAUCUGCAUGUUUUACUGAUGAUUACUAA